GAGUCACACUUGAUAAAAUUCGAGAACAUGUUUAUUCAUUUUUUCUCCAAGAGAUAGAGAAGAAAAAUGUGUCAAAAUGAUACUUUUUUUCUUGGAGCUGGCCAAUUAGCCACCUACACGAGCAUGCUAUAUUAUAUAAUUUUGAAAGAUUUGUGAUAGCGAAUACCUUUUCUCAGACCCAGAUGACGUGAUAUAUGGGAUCAAAAGAUCGUGAGAUUGAAGUUUGUUCAUGCAGCGCAGCUCGAGGUUUGGUCAUUCGAUCUGAUGGGUCUGGACGGCCAUCAGAUCAGACGUACCCGGUAUCGGUACUAGUCACGAGUGACGGAGAAGGCCAGCGUCAGGGAGAGCUGAGAGUUUGAGAUUCUAAUUCUAAAAGGCACAGGACAAGGGAAAGAUUAAAAAAUGAACUUGGCUAUUUCUUAUGGAACGCCUAUCUUUUGAUGGAAAUGAAAUUGUGAUUUUAAUGCAAAUCAGACAGAAUUGAAUCAAGAUGGCAUUGCCAGUUUUUAGCACUGGAAGGCUUCUUACAAAGCCGAAAAUUUUGCCAAACCUUCCUCAGAUAUGGUCUUACAAUACAGCUAAGAUAUUUGGUACAAGUUUCAUAAGCACCCAAGGAAAGAUUAAUCAUAUACAUUUUGCAUCAGAUGCAGGACCCAGAUCUCCCUUCAAAAUCUUUCAUUAUACAGUUCAUAUAAAAACACUUAGAAUUAAUGCUAGAUUUCUGACUACCAGGCAUACAUAUCUGAAUCAGAAAGAAAAGAAUUCAUCAGAUUUAGAUGUUGCUCACAUCCAGAAAGAACUAGAAGUUGCAAACAAACUUUCCAGGAAGCAGAAACGUGCAGCAGCAGACCCAAAGAACUCUAUGAUCAACGUUGGAAGGUUUGUGACUGACAAGAUUCUUGAAUUGAUUGAUGAAAAUGGAACAUCACUUGGAUCAGUCAAUAGGAGUCAAGCAAUUGCCUUAAGUCAAGAGAAGAAACUUAAGUUGGUGUUGUUGAAGCCUAAUGCUAAACCUUGGCCAAUUUACAAGUUGAUGACAGGACAGGAACUUCAUGAGGAACAGGUGAAGCGCAAUGAGAAAGCCAAAAAGAAGACAACUCCUACGCAGUUAAAAGAAAUCAAAGCAUCAUGGAAUAUUGGUCAACAUGACAUCGGAGUGAGACAGCGUCAACUUGAAAACUGGUUUUCUGAUGAGAGUGCUAAUAUACAUGCUAGAGUUACAGUCACAGGUGGCAAAGGAACUGAAACAGUACCUCAGGAGAAACAGAUGACUGUUGUGAAUCAGCUUCUUCAUGGACUUGAAGAUAGACUAACUCUGAAUGGACCCCCUCAGAUGGUUGGCAAGAACAUGAAUAACCUUAGGGUUACAAUACGCACCAUGUCUGCUAAAGAAAAAGCUGCUUAUAAAAAGGGUUUAUCAGAAAAAGUGCCUCAAAGGCCUAAAUAGAUAUAGUAGCCUGAAAUAUAAUUAUAAUUCGGGAAUAUAAAUAAUUUAUUUUUCAUAAGCAUCACUUUCUACAUUAUUUUUGUGAUUGCAAAGUUUGCAAAGCAAAAACUCUUACAAUAUUUCAUUUGAUUUCACAACUUUUUGAAUGUCCAUCAGUUAAAUUGAGAAUUGAUUUCUUGAAUUGAUUUCUUUAAGCAACAACAAAGUAUAGUACUUGGGGAGGAAUAAGAUUAAAAGUUUAUAUUUAAAUAAACAUACAUAAUGAAAGAAUAAAGAAUUUUCUAACUAUGUUUUCAUGAAAGAAUGUGGGGGCAAUAUGAGUAUGGUUGAAAAGAAGAAAACCAUAAUCCUAUGUGUCAUUAAAGGACAAGUCCACCCCAACAAAAAGUUUAUUUGAAACAAAGGAGAAAAAUCCAACAAGCAAAACACUGAAAAUUUCAUCAAAAUCGGAUGUAAAAUAAGAAAGUUAUGACAUUUUAAAGUUUCGCUUAAUUUCACAAAACAGUUAUAUGCACAUCCUGGUCGGUAUGCAAAUUGGCAGACUGAUGACGUCACCCACUCACUAUUUAUUUUGUAUUUUAUUAUAUGAAAUAUUCUAAUUUUCUUCUCGUCAAGUGAAACAAAGUUUUAUUUCUCCCUGAACAUGUGGAAUUACCAUUAUUUGAACAGUUUAUGGUUAAGUUAAGUUGGUCCUUAUUGUCAAAUUUGUAAAAAUUGAAAUAUUGUACUAUUCAAACAAUAAAAAACAAAAGAAAUAGUGAGUGAUGGACAUUCAUCGACUCUCAUUUGCAUAUCGCUGAGUUGUGCAUUUAACUGUUUUGUGAAAAAUAAGUGAAACUUAAAAAAUGUCAUAACUUAUUUUACAACGGUUUUUGAUGAAAUUUGCAACGUUUUGUUUGUUUGAUUUUUCUAUAUUGAUUCAAAUCAACAAUUUUCUGGGGUGGACUUGACCUUUAAAAUACAUGUAGUGCAUCUUUGUGAAGGCUGUAGACGAGACUAAGGAAGCAUUACAUGACAUAGUGAUUUUCAUUGACUAGUUUGUUUUGAAUAUACCAGAUGCAGGCAUUUCAAUUAUAACAAAGUAAGUGUCUUGGUGAAAAACAUUUUUUGUUCAAUGGAUUGGUCUCUCAAGUCUCAAUGGUAUGUGUUACCAAGGCACGACCAGUUAUGUGGACAGUACAGGUAUCACAUUGACAUCUCAUAAUCUUUUGAGAGAGAAAGUUAGGUUUGCACAGGAUAUCACUGAUUAUCGUGUCAUUGAAAUAAAAACAUUAUAGAUAACAUGCAACAAAACUUAUCUUGUAUUACUGGUUUUGUAAAAAUUAGAAUGCAAAGAGUGUCCUUGUAUUUGAAAUGCUUACUUAUUUAAGUUCUUUACAAAAUUUCCAUUUGACGUCAAGAUUCGUUUUCAGUCUAUUUUCACAAAAUCUGAAGAAAACUUGUAACUACAUAUGUCUUCCAAUUCAUUCACUGUUGUAAACAACAGCAAGAUAGUGAAUUUAUAUUCUUUUUAAAACUAGAACUCCUAGAUAAUCUGGACAUUCACAUAUUCAAGAAAUAUUGAAUUGAUUUCAUGAUGUGCUGUACUUUACUUUGGUUAUAAAUGUAUGUUGUAUUAUCCAGGGUAUAAUUAGUAGGCCUACAUAUUUGAAAUAUGAUUCUCAGUACGCAAAAGCAAAUCAUUGUAUUCAUGAAUAUUAAAUUUCGAGUGACAAAUGGA